AUGACGGAUUUGCCAGACGUGUUCGUGCUAGAACGCUCCUUAUUCCAUGAGAAUGGAGUAUGGCUUUAUCAAAUCCCAGCAGGUCAAGUGACGAGUCUUGCACCUCGUGCAGACGCAUGGGACCCCGAACAUCCGUUCCUUACGGGCUCCGUACGUGUACUACAGAAGGGUGACGCCUGCUUCAUUCAACUUUUUGAGCCUAAAGCUGCUGACUUGGAAGCUGAAACUCCCACACUCUUUGCACAGUGUCCACUGCAUAUUUCGCGCACCUUGGCGCUGGAUGUCUACGUGCAUGACUGUGUAGACUCAUCACGCUACUUCAUGCUGCGCAUGGAGGACGAACAGAGCGGUCGACGCGCUUUCAUAGGCAUCGGCUUCCCGAAUCGCACGACUGCUUUUAACUUCAAAGCGACACUACAGGACUACGCAAAGUACGCACUGCGUCAGCUUGAGGCGCAGCAGAUUGAGGAAGCAGCUUCGACACCCGAGCAAAGUGCAGUAGGUCAAGUGUCGCCCAAGAAGCCAAACUUGAGUCUACCAGAUGGAGCAACCAUUCGAAUAAAUCUCAGGACAAGCAGCAGUGACGAUGGAAAGACAGUGGCUCCAUGUCAACGAAGCAACAAAAGUGGAGGAAGUGGUGCAGUAGAUAAUUUGGUCAAGGUUCCGUUGAUUCCGCCGCCACCAGAAGACCCGCCAUCCUCAGCAGCGAAGCUUGCACCACCAUCAGCUGUUUCUGAACCACAGACUGCAAUUGAUGAUGAAGACUGGGGUGACUUUACUUCUGCUUAA